AGAAUUCCAUUUCAGCGGUGCUGAUGAAUUGAAAUGGCUGCUCAUGCCCCAAUCGCCGCACAAGAUUUACAGUCCUUUGGAGACGAAAGCCAGAGAUCAAGAAGCGAUUCAGACAUUCUGGUUUCUGAAUAUCACGCUGUCCCCCUACAUGUGCGAGCGCAGGCUGAAGCCUGGGAGCUGCCCCGUGAAGAAAUCCAAUUUGCAAAUGUGAUCGGAGAAGGGGAAGGAGGUAUAGUGUAUCAAUGUCGCUGGAGAGGAUUAGAUUGUGUGGCCAAGAAGCUAGCACAAGAUUCAAACGCAUCUGCUGAAUAUGCUGAUAUGAUCAACGAGUUGUCCACUGUAUCUCGUUUACGCCAUCCAAAUCUUGUUCUGUUCUUGGGUGCAUGCACAAAAGGAAAUGGGCCGCUAAUAAUCCUGAGUGAGUAUCUUCCUGGAGGGAACCUUGCAGAUUAUGCAGCAAAGCAGCGACAGCUUAAAUCAAGAUCCAGGGGGAGACCCUCCAUGGAGAUUGCAUACACCUGGUGUAUGGAUUUAGCAAGAGCUGUCUGUUAUCUUCAUAACUGUACGACUCCUGUCAUUCAUCGAGAUCUCAAACCAGCAAAUUUGCUUUUAACUGACGACUUGAGACUGAAAGUAUCUGAUUUUGGCCUUUGCAAAACGUUACUGAAGGACUCUGCUGAUGGCAAACCAUACAAGAUGACAGGGAACAAAGGCACUUUGCAGUACAUGGCCCCCGAAGUUAUUCAGUGUCUGCCAAACUACAAUGAAAAGGUGGACAUUUACUCAGCAGGAAUGAUCUUUUGGUUCAUUGGCAUGGGCUGUGAGCCUUUUGAGGGCGUUGGUGCUGAAGUUCUAUCACAAUGGAUCGCGUCGCAGGGCAAGCGUCCGCCUCUUGAAGAGAUAGCGAUGCGGUCGAGUCGAGCUUUUUCACCCUCAUGCUGGCUGGGGGAAGAGUUUGGGAGCCUCAUAAACCGCUGCUGGGAUGGAGAGCCAGAGUUGAGACCAUCAGCUGAUCAGGUUGUGGAAGAGCUUGAACUGAUCUGGAAGAAUGAAAAGUUCGGGUAUUGUCAAUCUUCUUUUGCCGUCAGCUUCUGCUAG